AUGGUGGAUAGUGUUCACAUGCUGCUCAAGAGAUGGCAGAAUUUAGAAGCCGAAGAGGUUGAGUCGUUCGAAGAGUUUACGGCGAUCAUGUCGAAAGUGAUUUCCAGGACAGCAUUUGGAAGCAGCUACAUUGAAGGAAGAGAUAUUUUCCAAAUUAAGAUAUGGAAAACGACCGAUGAAAUCGAGUCCAAGGGACUGGAGAAUGCGAUAUGCAAUGCGGUGUUAGGGAUAAUCGAGAAGCGAGAAAAGAAGUUGAACACGGGAGAAAUGGAUGACCACGCGUAUGACUUCUUAGGGUCCGUUCUAAAGGCCUAUCGCGAUCCAGACGAGAGCAAGCGAAUCACAAUUGGUGAUCUUGUGGACAAGUGCAAGACGUUCUGUAUCGCGGGACAAGAAACGACGAAUUCCAUCCUCCCUUGGACACUCUUCUUCCUUGCAAUUCACAAAGAUUGGCAAGAAGAGGCAAGAAAGAGGGGCCGAUGUAGUUGGCAAUGA